AUGCGGUCUGCGGCGGGUCGGCGAGCGGGGCGGAUCCGGGCGUCUUACCCGCGUGCCUCCCCGCCGCACUGCCUCCGACGCCUCGACGGAACUGAGGUCGGCCAGUCUCCCCCUCGGGGGCUGCCCCUCCCCGGGGGACGGCCCGGAGCCGUCAGACGGUCACGCGGUACGCGGCUCAGAUGCUCAGGCCGCGCAACUCUGCGGGGGCCGUCGGGCAGCACGCGCAGCGCGGCGGACCGUGGCUCGGUAGGGGACACGCGAGUCUGGGGGGAGGGCGGGACGCCGCUCCUCGGGGGGGGGGUCCAGGCUUCGUCCGGCUCCGGCGCCGGCCCUGGUCGGCGGCGCCGCGACGGCGGGCCCGCCUCGGGAGCUCCGAUGACCCGCGCCCUCGUCGGCGCGGGACUCGUCCAAAGGAGUCGGUCUGGCCUCGUCACGAACACGGGCGGUGAAGAGCUGCCGCCGGACAGAAGGCGAGGACAGUGGCCCACCGUCACGUGCCGCCGGGCUCGUACGAACGCUUGCAGGGCGGUCGAGGUCGCCGCGGGGUGCCCGCGGCCUCCAGCUCGCGGCCGGCCUGCAGGUCGGGCUGGGUCGGUCCGGGCGCCGGUUGGGCCUCGGGCCGGGUCCGCUUCUCGGCCGGGCCUCGUCGGGGGCGUUCGCGCCCCCGUCCUUGUGACUCCUCCCCUCGGGACGGCGCGGCGCCUCCGCGCGUCGCGAUCCCCAUCUCGUCCGCGCGGGCCGGCAGCUCGUCCGGAGUCGGCGGUCACCGGCGUUGACCGGCUCACGGCCGAGUUGGGCGGCUCGUGGUCGGCCGACCGUGGGAGCCAGGCGCGGCGGGGGCCCCUCGCGCGUCCGCCUCCCCCGCGCUGGCCGUCCGGAGGGUCGGAUCGCGUUCGGGACUCGCUGGAUCGCGUCCGAGCGAGGUUCCGGGGGCGUCACCGCCGCCGGCCCGCGUCGUCGGGGCGACUCACGUCGGAGCUCAUCGGCCAUGGCUCAGCCGGUGCGGGCCCGGACAGUCGGCCGCUCGUCGUUACCCCCCUCGGGGGCCUCGCUCGGCCGCGCACGGGGACGGAGAGUCGCCGCCGGACGGGGGGGCGGUCGGCCUCGGGUCGGAGAACCACGGCGCGGGCUCGGCGCAGGCGCUCCUGGGGCCCUCUGGACUCGACUCGGGUUCCCCCUCGGACACGGGGCCCUCGCGGGACGGAGGCGGGCAGUGUGCCCGAGCCCUCGCCUCGCAAGCCGUGCAGGGCAGCCGAGAAUUCCCCUCCGCCCCCCUCCGUGCUCGGCGCGGGCCUCGGCCUCGAGGCCUCGGGCUCGGGCCCGGGCGCGGGGGGGCGGGCUCGCGGGCUCGUACCUCGCGCGGAACGGGUCGCUGUCGUAGUCGGGUCCGCACCGUCCGGGGCCCGUCGGGCGCCCCUCGCCUCGUCGAGGCCGAGAGUGAGACGGUCCGAAGCCAGAGGGGUGGCGACGGGAGGCCGCCGAGGGCGCGGGGGGGUCGAGUGUCCCCAUCGGGCUCGGCUCGCGGGCUCGAUCCGUCGCCAUCUCCCUACUAGUAGGGUCGGUAGGGAUCGUGCCAGUCUUCGGGUGGGGCCGGGGCGGACGUGCGGCGGGGGGUCGGGCGCCUCGUCGGCCGGGUCCGACUGGGACCUGAGGCUACCCUCGGGAAGGCGCGUCGGUCGGGCCGCUCCCUCGCGGACUCCGGGGGGCGGGCGCGGGCGCGGUGUCGUCACGAGUCGGGACGGUGCCCCUCGCGGACGGCGCCGGUCGGCACGGGGCAGCGGAUCGCUCCCGCGCCGCAGCGACUCCGCGACGGCCGCCGGGCGCGGUCUCCUCGGGCUCUGGCGCCGGCCCGACCCCGGGGGCCGACUAGGGGCCGCGCGGGGCGUCGGGGCUACCGCGCUAGGCUCGCCGCUUCCCCCCCCAUCGCUCGGGGGCUGGGCUGUCAAAAUCGAGAGUCCGGCGGCUCGGCGGGGAGGCGUCCAGCCGCCUCUCAGGCAGCGUGCCGUGAGGGGGUUCCAGGCGGCGGGGGGGGCUAGACAGCUCCGGUCUCGGCGAUGGGGCGCGUCCCUCAGCGGGUCGGGGUCCCCUCAGUGA